AUGCAUACAAAUAAGAAAACUAAUGCAAACAUACCAUCACGUAUCAUCGGUUCAUUGCUUUGUUUACUUAUCACCUUGUUUGGUGCAGCUUUAACCGGUUUUAUAGGUCAUAUACUUAUUGCUUUUGAAUAUAUCAGUGAAAUAUUUGGAAGAUAUAUAUUAUUUGGUGGAAUUUAUGUUAUACUAACAUGUGGUGUAUUCACUGUAUUGAUUGGUCUGCUUGGGUUUUUCAGUUUCAUACAUCCAAAUCGAUGUACAUCUAUCACGACUUGUGUUGGUUUAGUUAUUCUCAUUAUUACUACUACUUGCACAUCGGUGAUUGUUUAUAUGUAUCCUAAAACUAUGACAAAUUUGAUAUAUUACCGAAUGAUCAAAACAUUUCCAAAUUACGGCCAAAAUAUGCAAAUAACUAAUGCAUGGGAUAUUAUGCAAAGUAAUCUUAGGUGUUGUGCUAUACAUAACCGAGGUUGGUCAGAUUAUAAUCAAACUGUUUGGUACAAAUUAACCAACGCUGAUAUACAUCUUCAUGAAGAAUUUAUACCACGUACAAAUCUUUACUAUCAUUUUGUCCCCGUAUCUUGUUGCUUAACUAAAAUUGACGGUUUGACUGGAUUCCCUUUACAAAUUUAUCGCAAUAAGAAACGUUGUCAAAAUUGGCAAUACGGUCCACCAACAUUCCAAGAUGGUCCACAUAAUGAUGCAUUAUAUUAUCGAGGCUGUUAUAACCUACUUGUCGACUAUAUUAAUGCAUACGCUGAAUAUAUACUCGGAAUGGGAUUGACAGCUGUUAUUUUAUUGGUAACCGUAUUUCUGUUGCUGCUACGCGCAGAACUUAGGAAUAAUCCAACUGAUCUACAAAUAUACGACACAAACUUAUUAAAAAACUAUCAGAAUAAUCAUUAUUACGUUAAUAAUAAGUAA